AUGUUGGGGAUACCCCGGUUUCCCAGAGUAGUCCCAAUGGGCUCCCAUCGCUGUAAGGACGAGGAGAGGACUGGGAGGGGGGCGUGACUAGCCCUUUUGGAGAGUGUAUAAUUUGGAGUCCUGCGCCAGUUAAUACUAUAGCCAUGAAUGCCACCCUAAGAUAGUGGGAGCCUGAGUGCAAGGCUGAUUUCUAUGCUUAGAAUGAUUUUUUGUGUAGUUUUGCUGUUCUUUCCGGGCUGUGUGGAACAGUAGCUAUUUAUGGGUCUGUAUACAUUAUUUUUCUCGUUAGAAAAUAAACACAGGAAAUGUAUUCAGAAAACAUAGUUAAAAUUAGCUUAAUGUAUCCAUAGACUCAUCAGCUUAUAUGUUACAAAAACAUGAUGUUGCAAUACCUACUAGUGCAGCAUGCUCUAUGAUACAGAGAGCAAAAUAGAAUGUAGGAGAUCAUUCCUUCUAGGCAUUGUAUUUUAACAUAUCUAUAUCUCUUCUUUACAGAUAACCCUGUUCUGUCCAAGGCAACAGAUUGUUCUGCGAAUGAUUCCAUGGGUAAUACUUGCCAGCAUUUAUAUAGCGGAGAUAGGAAGAUGACAGAUCAAUGAGAUGGGGUGGCAAUGACGCUAUUUAUGUCACUGGUGUCACACAUGGCAGUAAUGGGAAUGUGUUAUCUCAGGGCACGUGUGCCUCAUUUUAUUAGCUUGCUUGGCAAGGGAGACAACCAAGGUUGCCCACAUGUAGAGCCUCUAGAGCCCUCCCAUUUGGGCAGAUAUUUCUCAGACUCGCUGCACCCAUUCUAUACUUUAUCACACCUCCCAAGUGUCCCUAUUUAGGAGGGACAGUCCCUGUGUUGGUGCCUACAUGCCUCUGUCCCUCUUUUCUAUCCUAAUUUCCCUCUUUUCUAGGAGCGCCAUAUUGUUGGUGUGUCUGGUAUAUAAUAGCCCAGAUUCCCAUAUUAUGAGCAUUCUCCUGUGUUGCAAAAGGCGUCACUGCUAUGACAUCAUGCUUGCCCCACCCCCAGCCUGAGGCCAAUAUUGAUAAGUUUGCUGGAUCUCGCUGAAGAAUCUCUGAUGAAGUUCUGUAGGUUACUGGUAAAACCUAUAGUUUUACCUGUUAAAAAUAUUGGUGUCACUUUAUAGAGAAUCCAUAUAACUAAAUGCAUUAUAUUUGUUUGUGAAUUUAUAGGCAACAUAAAAACCUAGAUUCUUUUAUAUGGCUACUUAAAGGACCACUCUAGGCACCCAGACCACUUCAGCUUAAUGAAGUGGUCUGGGUGCCUGGUCCAGCUAGGGUUAACCCAUUUUUUCAUAAACAUAGCAGUUUCAGAGAAACUGCUAUGUUUAUGAAUGGGUUAAGCCUUCACCUAUUUCCUCUAGCGGCUGUCUCAUUGACAGCCGCUAGAGGCGCUUGCAUGCUUCUCACUGUGAUUUUUCACAGUGAGAGCACGCCAGCGUCCAUAGGAAAGCAUUAUGAAUGCUUUCCUAUGUGACCGGCUGAAUGCGCGCGCAGCUCUUGCCGCGCGUGCGCAUUCAGCCCAGGAGGAGGAGAGGAGGCAGAGAGCUCCCCGCCCAGCGCUGGAAAAAGGUAAGUUUUUAACCCUUUCCCCUUUCCAGAGCCGGGCGGGAGGGGGUCCCUGAGGGUGGGGGCACCCUCAGGGCACUAUAGUGCCAGGAAAACGAGUAUGUUUUCCUGGCACUAUAGUGGUCCUUUAAAUAAGGAGAGAACAGGGUAGGAUUAACUAUAGGGUGUCCUUAAAGCGCUGCCCGGUGCCCAGGAGUUAGACGGGGACCCUUGGACCCUGAAUUUGUUUGGACUUAUUCACCAUCCCUAUGUGAAGAAUGACAGAUGGCACCAAACGAAUAAACUGCAUAGGGCCCUGUAGUAUUUUAAUUCUUCUUCAGCAGACAGUGAUUCACUGAAUUAUGUAUUUUACUGUCACUUUAUAUUAGUGAUAAAGAAAGUUGGUAAGUGUUGGGAUGUAGUAGUUGUUACCAUUAAUUAAUUAUUGAGUGGAUGAUGAUCAUUAUGUCAGAAGGUAACCAUUUUCAUGUGAUAUAGAAUGUUAGAUAUGAGUUUCUGAAGGCGUGAAAUUCUAAUGAAUCAGAGUGGGGAGAUAAUUUAUUUUUAUGGGGGGUGGGGGGGUCGGCUUUGAUGGGACAGUGAGCAGGACUAUGUGAGUUAUGAAAGAGAGGUGCAUGGGAUGGCUUGAUAUUGGGAAACAAAAUAAUUUGAAACUUCAUAUAGACUGAUUUCCAGUAGUGUAAUGUGAGAAUGCGUAUAGUUUAUUUUUAUAUAUUUUUUUUUACAGGGCUUUUGCCAGCCCCAAACCUCACACUGCUCACGGAAGGUGCUAUCUUCAAGGGACGGUCUGUCAGCCUGCAGUGCGCAGCGCCCAGUAUCUACCAAGAAAGUACAUUCCACCUGCAGAUACGGGACGACGGAAAACUUGUUGAAACAAAAGAAGCUCCCAAGUCCAUGCACAGUGUGACCUUCACCAUUGCUGAGUUCACUGUCCCAGGAAACUACGUCUGCAGAUAUCAACAGUUGGUAUCAACGACAUGUGGGAUAUCCAAGAGUAGCAAUAUACUCCACCUUACACUAUCAGGUGACGUGUUUCUUUAAAGAGACAUAAACGUGGAAACAUCUUAAAGGGAACUUUCCAAAUCUAGCUCUAAAGGGGAACAUGACCAUUGUAUUGCACCACUACUUUACAGCCGUGUCUACAUCCUAUUGUUAUUGCGUUUUGCAUGCUUUUACCAUCUUAGCACGUGUAUCAUGGUCUUUACAUGCCAUCAUACGCUUUACAUGCCAUCACUAUGUCCACAAAAGAUAAGUGCCUUUAAAGUGCCUUUAAAAAAAACCCAUUUGAAAUCUGUGCUUUGAGCACUCUAAGAGGUUUUUGCUUACAAUGUCCAUGAGUUUUACAUGAUAAAUGCGUGGAUUCUGCACCAUCUAGAUGGCAGCACUGCGAGGGUGAGUACAACUUAACUCCACUACAACCUGCGACCAACAAACCUCCCACUUUUGGUUAUCUAAGUGAAAUAUGCAAAGGGAAUUAAAGAUAUGCUUUAAAGGGACACUAUAGUCACUAUGAGAACUACAGCCUAAUGUAGUUGUUCGGGUAAGUCUAGUAUGUCCCUUUAGACAUUUGCAGUAAACACGGUCUUUUCAGAGAAAAUGCAGUGUUUACAGAUGGCUGUUAUAGGUACUUCUUGGAGCAGUGCCUAACAGUGUGACUGAUUGAUUCAACGUAUCUCUAUGAGGAGAUGUUGAUUGGCCAUGGUUGUGUUUGGCUUGUGGUGGCUCUGCCCUUGAUCUGCCUCCUUGACAGUCUAAGCCAAUCCUAUGGGAAAGCAUGAGAUAAUCACUUAUGAUGAUGUCAGCCAAGCAGGCAGAUCAGGGGCAGAGCCAGCACCAGCAUCCUUAAACAAAAAGUAAGAUUUUACUAUAUUUAGGAGGGCAAGGGGAGGUCAGGGGGGCUAGAUGGUGGUUUUAACACUAUAGGGUCAGGAAUACAUGUUUGUGUUCCUGACCCUAUAGUGUUCCUUUUAAUGUCAUUGAUGGAGUGGGGGAAAAAUAGAGAAGUACCGGUAUGUCAGAGUUCACCGCUGCAUUUUACUUUCAACACAGAAAAAUCGACUGGCUGUAAACAGUGCGGUUUCUUUCUUUGAAUGAGAUGAAGUCAUCUGGGUGCCUAUAGUGUCCCUUUAAAGGGACACUGUAGAGACUGUGCUCAUUGAAGUGGCCUGGGUGCAGCCACUAGAUGGCUUCCUGAAUCGAAACUAACCUUUGGUCCUGUAUCUGACGCUGUGCAUUAGAUUUUUCCCCCAUCGGAAAAGGUCUAAUGCUCAUUAGCACCCGCUCGUUGCAGACCGUCGGAGUCCAAGGGAAAUCAGCGCUGGGAAAAGGUACGUUUUAGGAGGGGCGGAACCAAGCAGCCUAGACGUGCCCAGCAUGAGCUCCCACGUCUGGGGACAAAGAACGGGGUACAGUAUCUGAAUACUGACACCCACAGACCGCAGACCACAGUACCCGUAACCAGGGAAGGCUACCGCAUCGAAUGGUGCCUCUUACAAGCCCAUGCACAGCCGACCUGACACAAUGAGGCUUGCGGCCUACAUGAGACUGAGACACGGGGAGACGGCCACUCUUCGGGAACAUCAGCAGUAACAGGGGCCGCGGCAAAGCACUCCCCCCCCCAUGGAUAGGCAGGGGUUAUCCCGGUCAAUAUUUAACAGCCCUACUCAUCCGAUUCUCACCACUGGUCAGCCAACACUGCGCACACAGUCGAGCCACAGAGACCAAGAUGGCGGCAGCUGACCACGAGGCGGUGACAGGCGAGCAGCACAGAACGCUUGGACGACUUGUUCAAAAGAUUCUGGCGAAAGCCCCAUGCAACGCAGACCGAAACCUGCAGGUACAGCAGGGUUACUCACCUCCCGGGGGCCAACAACAUCAAAAAGGGAGCCCCCCGGGUUAAAGCAAUCAACAAGCGCUAACCACGUGGCAGGGCCCGCCACCGCUACCACGCGUGCUCUGCCAGAGAGACCACAAGGCCCCUUGAAGGCAGACAAACCUGGCCGGCUAAGGAGACCACCAUACUCCCUGAGGGGGCGGAAAGCUCAAUAUGGAAUGGCCCAGUACUAGCGAUGCAUAUAUGCCCAAGGAGGGGGGAAAAUAAGGUGCCCAAGAGGUGAAAAGCGUCAAGGCCACCCCCAACCUAACCUAAACCACUUACACACUACAGGGACAGUUCCACAAAUGCUCUCUACUUACGUGUAAUCACCCGCACGGAUCAUCCGCAUGCUGCAUCCCUGGGACGCCUGGAAGCAGUUCCUAUCGGCACCAUUGAUGGCUCUGCUAGAAUCGGCCUCGUGCAGGGGCAUUGGCUAAAAAGACUCACCUAGAAUAUCCAUACAUUCCCAAGCAGGAGAAUGGGCUGAUGCUGGACUCUCGGGCCGGGGCCACUUUUACCCCACCAUUACAAUGCCUACUACCAUAACUCAAUGUAUUAAUGCUUUUGUAUUCUUAACCUUUUAUGUUCUCAAUCUUAACCAACGACUCAGCUUAGCAAGUUUACUAACCACUCGUGUACCUACCGCAGGCAAAUGUUAGCAUUGCUAAUACUUUAACUUUACUUUAGACCACAUAUUAAGCUUUCUAAGUAUUCCUGUUACCAUGUACAAUAGAAAGCGGAUGCCUAUACGCCAGGCAUGUUACUAUGUGUAAAUAGUGCAGUGUCUCCACUCUGAUGUCUCCUUAACUGAACUACACGCGCUAAAACUCGGAAGCAUGCAUUAUUGUUCUGAUUUUCUACCCAAUAGUCUCUACCCAGACAGGAAGAUAAGCAUGUUUCCUAUGUAACAGUUUUCAAAUCUAGGAAAUUGAUUAGACAAACCUUAAUGUAUAGCUGUAAAGUAGGUUAUAGCUCUGUCUCUGCAUAGAAUCUUUGCAACUACUGUUAGCCUAGAUGUGUUGAAGUAACUUGUUAUCGCUCAUACUUUGAACAAAUAAUGCUGCAGAUUAAGGAUUCCAAGCAGCAGUAUAUUUUGUGCACAUCUGUGAAUGUUUCUGUCUGUGUUUGCUCAGAUACACUGUUGUGGCAAUGUCAGCGAUUAUUGUAUUUAUACGCACUACAAAAAUAAAGAAUUAAAAAAAAAAAGUUUUAAACCCUGGGGGGUGAGGACAAGGGAGGGUGGAGGCAGUGGGAGUGAUAGUAGCAGGAAUACAGCUUUGUAUUCCUGGCACUAUAGUAUCCCUUUAAGAGCUUCCAACUCUCUGUCAUUUGUAGUGAAGGCAGGGAGCUGCAUCUGGUGGGCCCCAAGUAAAAUAAAAAAAAUCAUAACAACAAUAGCGAGGCAGUGCUUGGACUGUUCCUUCAACAAAUAACAGAAAUGGAAUUUUCAAUCCCAGAUUUCCAGGUGACUCAGGUUUAACAAUGAAAUAGUGCUAAUAUCAGACAAACUAGGGAGUCCAGAAACAACGCUGAUUAUAUACCUUUUCGUUUGGCGUAUUUUUCUGUUAUUUCUGUGCUACAGGAAGAUCUGCGUUCCUUGUCUAUGAGAUGUGACAUAUUGCUUGUUGAAAAUGUACACAUUGUAUCUGGCCAUUUCUAUGUAAAUCCAUAAAUAUCUAGAAAGAAAUAAACUCAAAAAAACAUAUUUAAAUAGCUUUGCAAAAACAUCACGCACAAUAUCUGCUAAUGCUGCAUACUCUGUAGUAACUAAAGUAAAAUCAUUUGAUACAUUUUCAUUAUUAUAUAUCAUUGUAUAGUAACACUUAGGUUUGUGAUUUCUUUUGUUUUUUCCAGCUGUCCCUGAUUUCACCACGUCGCCUCCUGGUCCUACGAAAGCUGGUGGUAAAAUAAAAAGUUUUAUAAAAUAUCCAGAUGAGUUUUACCCUAGAUAAUUGACAAAUCACCAGAUUGUUGAUGUAAAAUGGUUCCAGUGAUUCUGCGAGAUCUUGACAGUAGUCCCUGCUGCCUAUAAUCACUUGCUGUUAUCACUGUUGCAGUGGUUAUGGUGUUUGUGCGAUAUGUGUGGAGUCUCAUAUUUUUGUCUCCUUAAAGUGGUUUGGCAAAAAAAAAAAAGUAAAAAUACAUAUGGAGAAUGUUCCAUUACACAAAGACCACGCUGCUUACAGGGGAACCUCCAGGCACCAUAACAACUUAAUUGAAGAAACAGAUUGGGUUAGAGCGUCAGCUGACCACUGUGAACCAAUCCACAGCUCCCUGCCGAUGGCAGUCCAAGGCUUGUGUUUUGAAGAUUUUUCAGAAAGCAGACAUUGGAGGGGGAAAAGCAAAUAGCACUGGCAAGGAGACUUUGGGGUUGUAACCGUUUGGGGGUUUUGGGGUGAAUCAUUAAACCCUUAAAGGUAAGCCAGCACCAGGGACCUACUGGCACCAUAACAACCUCAUGCUGAUUCAGUUGUUAUAGUGUCCAGAGUGUUCCUUUAACUUGUCUGUCUUCAUGAGGAAAUUCCAUGAAAAAAAUCAAGGUGCUUUUAUGGAGUGAAUGCAGGUAUUUCAGUAAAAUCAAAAUGUUGCUUUAAUGGAAUAUUCUGAUUUUUGCCAUAAUAAUCUCCAACAAAAAUUUCCCUUGUAGAAAAUUCAAAUUCCUGCUAGAACGAUCACUGACAUUCCAUUUUUACCUUUUAUUUUCCCAUCUUGCUCAAUUACCCUGCAUCGCCUUUUCUACUCUUCUACCGAACACUAAUUGCGCAAAACAUGGAAUUCAAUGCAUUGCUUGACAUCUGCUCAGUUCAAUGUUCACACAUCUUUGCUGAUUUUUGUUGUCUUUUACCCUGCAUAGUUCCAUUCGGGAUCAUUGUGUUGGUCGGUGCAAUAACAGGCCUCGUGGUUGUAGUAAUUUCAGUGACGAUAACUGUUUACAUCAAGAGAAUAUGUAAGUAUUAGCCUAAGACAGUGGUGUACAUAUAGGGUCACAGCUGCGACUGGGCCCGUCACUCCAGGGGGGCCCGGCCGCCCUGCGACCCCGAUACCAGCCUCCAUGCUUUGCGGCCCUGGCCCGAGCGGCAAACUGCCGGGGGCCGCACAUUCAAGGGGCCCAUCAAGUUGCCCAUGCUGUUAGGGUCACCCGAUGGGUAUGGAUUUCCAGGGGGCCCGGUCAGCACUGCGGCGCUUUAACAGCGCGAUCAGUUUCGCACCGGGGCCCCAUGGGUUGUGUGUACACCACUGGCCUAAGAAAUUAAAAUCUGCUUUCCAAUAUCCAAAUAAUUCUGUACAUGAUCAAACUUGGUAACGCUAUCAGCAAUCUCCUCUGGACCAUUUGGGUCUUGGCGGCUCAUAGAUGCCCAUAAUCUUGGGUUGCCAGAUCCACUAUAUAUAGAUUAUUCAUUGUAAUGUACAGACAUGUAGUAAGUAAAACACACACACUGAAGGACAGAAAUCAACUUGCUAUGUGUCCUGGAAAAUAUUGUGGACCUACUAGCACCCUGUUAAAGACUAGUGAUUUAUUAUACACACCAUAAUAUUAUUAUAAACUCUUCAAUUUAUUUUCCCUUUCCCAGUGUUCUAUUAAUAUUGCCCUGUAUGAAUUAAAGUGUAAGUUCCGCAGGCAAAAUGAAGUGGUUCUAUCACCCCGACCCCUGAAUUGUCUGCGUAACUGGGCAGAUAAAAAUUUACAUUCUAAAGGAAAAUGUUGUCUUCUCCAGACCUCUUAGUUUAUUCAUUUUCUCUCUUUUUCUAGAUGACAAGAAAAAGAAGCGCAAACAAAGGUAGGCUAUUGCACGGUUAUUAUACUAUCUGACUGUUAUUAAAAGGAUUUGCCAAGCCAACAUGGAUCCCCAAUUUAAUGCAUUAUGGAGAUAAUGUGAAUUCAGGUCUCCUGGGUUGCAGGCUAGAAUGGACGUCCCCAAUGUGUGAGUGAAUGGAAAAAACUCGGGAAAUGUUAGGGGCAAGUGGGAGAAAGGUUAGCUAGCCUUCAACAGAGAGAAAGAAGACAUUCUGCUAUGGAAGUAAAAGCUCCAAAAGGCUAAAAGGUUCCUUCCAAGACUUUUCCGAGUGGUGAAUUUGUGAUGUGGAGGGGACCCUUAUAACCGAAAAGAACCCCAGACUCUAGAGAGAGAGAGUGCAGGUAUUAUGAAAAGUACAUGAGUGAUUGUAAUGGUAGAAAACCUUUUGGCAAGCGAUAUAACUGCAGUAACUCUUCGUAAAGAGGUAGCCUGCAGCAUAGAGAUAGAGAGAGGAGGAGAUCUUUCCAUUGAAGAUUCCUGUGACCCAUCAAAAGAUGUAUCAUAUGCACAGGGCCGGAGCAACCGUAGGGAGCGAUAAGGAGCAAUAUCCGUGUAACUGGCCGGAGUGGCUCACAGCACUCCCCCUCCUGCCAUUCACUUCAUGUAGAGUGUCAGAGCAGACCGCAGUAGAGGAUCCAUUGUAUCCUCUACUAGACUUGGGCAUUUGUUUUUGGACAGACAAGUUGUUUCCUGAAUUUUUGAAUUUUUCAAAUAAUGUGAAUGGAAUGGAGGAAGAAGUUUAGGGGGAAGAAAGAGACACACACAAAGAGGCUUGGAGGAGUAAUAGACAUACAAAGGGUCUGGGAGUGGGAGGGAAUAAGAGACACACAAGGGGGUGUAAAACACACACAAGGGGAAAACAUGGGAUAAGAUACACUAAAGGGGGAUGUAAGCCACAAAAUGGGGGUAAUAUUUUCUAAAGGGGGUGUUAGACACAAAAGGUGGAUAAAGGGGGGUAAAAGUAAUUGUCAUGGUGUGCUAAUUGUGUGCAUCUAAAGCGGAUUGCUAUGGUGUGCCAAUUGUAUGCUUCUAAAGCUGCUUGCCAUGGUCCCACUUUUUAAAAUAUGCAUUAAAAGCAAGUGGAUCUCGAAAAAUUACCGUUUUGAAAAGUGGGUCUCGGCCCAUAAAAGUUCGGGAAGCCCUGUAAUAGAAUAUAGGUUAUGUUAGCCAUAGAAAAUAAAUGGGACAUAAAAAUGGAAAUAAAAGUGAAAAAAUAAAGUGGAAUAAAAAAAAGUUAUAAAAAAAUAAUUAUGCGACAUUUGCUAUUUUUGUUUUGCAGAGAAAGAGAAAGUGUUUGGACUCCACGAGAUAUGGCUUCUGGUUUGUAUAAAAUCACUGCCUUUCUUACCUCACUAACCUGACUAUAGCCUGUUUUUCAAGAUUAUUCUUGUCCAUCAAGCUCAGCCUUUCUCACAUUUGUUUUUGCUACUGAGCCAAAAGAAGGCAAAAAGCCCAGUCUAAAGCGCUUCCAAUUUUUCAACAAACUAGCAAUUCCUUCUUGACCCCAGAAUGGCAGUCAGAUAUCUCCUUGGAUUAAGAAGUUAUUACAAUUUGUACAUUGCUAUCAUGUUCCCAGUGCGGUGCGAUUUUUUUAUAAACUAAAGAGAUUUAAAUUCAUUAACCACGGAAAAUUUAUAUUGAAAGGAGGGUUUGCAGAGAGCUCAUCUCUGUAUUCGGCAUUCAGAGGCUUGCAGUAUCACGGUUCUCUGUUCCACUGCAUUGUGAGUUCUCUGACUGUAGUUUUUUGUAAGUAAAAUUAAUUGGCAAAUUUAUACAUUUACACAAAUGUAUACAUGAUUGCAGGUCUGGUUUCGUAGCUUGGCAGUAGUAGUAACAAUUUUGUUUAGGAAAGAAAAAAACUGUAAAACUUUAAAUAAAUUUUCCAAAUAAUGAAGUUACAGAUAAGAAAACAGUGUCAUAGGCAUUCCUCUACAUAUUCUAUAAUCCUCUCACAUACAUUAUCCUAAAUAUUCUUUAUAGGUAUUGUAUAUGUUUGUAUAUUGUAUAUGCUGCCACUUUAACUUUGUAUUACCAUAUCACCCUCACAUUGCAGGCAUAGACUGCAGGGACUGGCUACGGACACCAGAACCACUUCAUUAAGCUGCAGUGGUUCUGGUGACUAUAGUGUCCCUUUAAUGUGAGGUAAAUUAGAGAUUAGUGUCACUAAUAAUAUACUGGAUUGCCUACUUACCACCAGAUGAGGACAAGAGGAUGAUGAUGGGCUCCACUGAUCUGGUGUUAAAACAGGCUCUCUGGGGGCAGUGCUCACAAAAAUCAACAAACAGGAAGCAGCUCCAUUUUUUGAGGCACCUUACACAGAUCACGGUCUGGGCCCACAGGGCCUGACAGUGAAUAUGCCUACAAGGCCCGCCUAUAAGACCCACUCAUGAGUUCGCUCACAGGGAGUGGAGUGUAUGUGUGUAGGGGGUGUGUUAUGUGUUAUUUUAGAGGAUGUAAUGUGUGUGUGUUCUUAUGGAAUGUAGUGUAUAGGGAUACCAGUUUGUGUAAGGGAUGUAGUGUGUGUGUGUGUGUGUAUAAGGGAUGCAAGGUGUGUUUCUGUGUAUGUAAUGUAAUGCAGUGUAUGUGUCUGUAAGGGGUGCAUUGAGUGUGUGUAAGAGAUGCAUUUUGUUUCUGUGUGUGUGUAAAAGAAGCAGUGUGUGUGCACGUAAGAGAUGCAUUGUGUGUUUUUGUAUGUAAGGGAUGCAUUGUGUGUGUGUGUGUGUGUGUGUGUGUAAUGGAUGCAUUGUGUGUUUCUGUGGGAGUGUAGGAUGCAUUGUAUGUUUCGAUGUGUCUGUGUGUGAGUAGGGAUGCAUUGUAUGUUUCUGUGCAUGUGUGUGUGUGUGUGUGCAGGGAAUGGGAUGCAUUGUGUGUUUCUGUGUAUGUGUAAGGAUGCAUUGUGUAUGUGUGUAGUGUGAAAGAGAGGGUUUGUGGGGUAGGAUAGGGGCUGAGAGGAUAGCAGCUCUUUAUUUUUAUUAUUAUAUUUAUUUUGUUAAAAUACUUUUUGUUGUAUAUUGUUUUAAGUUUUGUGUCUUACACCCCCUUUAGUUUAUCUCUUACAAGCCCCUUUGUGUGUCUCUUACCCCUUCUCUUUGUAUGUCUUACUCCCCAAGCCCCUUUGUGUCUUACUCUUCCCAGCUCCAUUGUGUGUCUCUUUUUCCCCCUGGCUCCUCUGUGUGUCUCCCUCACAAGUGACUCUGUGCUUCUCUCUCCUGAGCCCCUCUGCGUGUCUGUCUCCCCUACCAUCCCCUCUGUGCUUCACUUUCUCCCCUUCCUCAGCCUCUCUGUUUGUCUUACACUCUCCCUCCCCCGUCCCUUAAUGAUCUCUUUCACUUGCCCUGUCCCUUAGUGGUCUCCUCUCCUCCCCCUGUCCCUUAGUGCUCUCCCCUCCUGUCCAUUAGGAAUCUUCCCUGUCCCCUUAGUGCUCUCUCCUCCCCUCCCUUAGUGUUCCUCUCCCCUCCCUAUACUUUAGUGGUCUCCCCCUCCCCUUAGUGGUCCUCUCUCUCGCCCUCCCCCUUAGUGGUCCUCCCUCUCCCCCCCUCCCCUUUAGUGGCAUUGUUCUCUCACCCCCCUCCCCUUUAGUGGUCCUGUUUCUCUCACCCCCACUCCCCUUUAAAGGUCCUGUUCAGGGCUGCCACCAGAUAUUUUGGGGCCCCUGACAAAGCACAAAGUCUGGGCCACCCCCCAGGCCCGCCCACGAGUCUUCCCACAGGACUCCUACCUAGUCUGCUGUCAGUGAUGCACGACUGAAUGUGGUGUGUAUGUUGGAAGUGAAUUAGAAUGUGUGUAAUGGAUGUAAUGUUUGUGUGUAUUAGAUACUGUUUGUGCAGUGAAUGCAGAGUGUGUGUUUGUGUAGCGGAUGCAGUGUGUAUAGUGAACGCAGAGUGUGUUUGAGUAGUGGAUGUAGUGUGUGUACAGUGAUACUCACACUCUGCAUAAAGCACUUCCCUCUCUCUAACUCCCGCAAGCGUGCUGUGCGUGCCGCGCGGAGCGUUGCCAUGGUAACCCGUGGCAUCGCUCUGACGGCCGCGUGUCUCGCGGGAGUUAGAGAGAGGGAAGAGCUUUAUCAUACAGAUGCAGACUGCUGGGCCCCCUCUGCAAAUACAGGGAGCCGGAGGGGGGGGGGGGCCUGCGGCUGCACAUAUAUAUAUAUAGCGAUCAUAUCUAUAUGUAUGUGCAGAGUGGGAAUGUUGGGCUGAUGACGGCCCUGGUCCUGUCUCUCUCAUCCCUUCUCCCCUUUAGUGGUCCUGUCUCUCUCACCCCCCUCCCCUUUAGUGGUCGUGUCUCUCUCAUCCCUCCCCUCCCUUUAGUGGUCCUGUCUCUCUCACCCCCCUCCCCUUUAGUGGUCCUGUCUCUCACCCCCUCCUUUGGUGAUCCUGUCUCUCUCACCCCCCUCCCUUUGGUGGUCCUGUCUCUCUCACCCCCCUCCUUUGGUGGUCCUGUCUCUCUCACCCCCCCUCCUUUGGUGAUCCUCUGUCUCUCUCAUCCCUCCUCCUCUUUGGUGGUCCUGUCUCUCUCACCCCCCUCCUUUGGUGAUCCUGUCUCCCUCCCUUUGGUGGUCCUGUCUCUCUCACCCCCCCCCUUUGGGGUCCUGUCUCUCUCACCCCCUCCUGUCUCUCUCACCCCCUCCUUUGGUGGUCCUGUCUGUCUCACCCCUCCUUUAGUGGUCCUGUGCUCUCACCCCUCCUUUGUGUGGUACUGUCUCUCUCCUCCUUUGGUGGUCCUGUCUCUCUCACCCCUCCCCUUUGGUGGUCCUGUCUCUCUCACCCCCCUCCUUUAGUGGUCCUGUCUCUCUCACCCUCCUCCCCUAUAGUGAUCCUGUCUCUCCCCCCUCCCUUUAGUGGUCCUGUCUCUCUCACCCCCCUCCCCUUUAGUGGUCCUGUCUCUCUCAUCCCUCCUCUCCUUUUGUUUCCUGUAUCUGGCUGUACUGACAGGAAGUGCACUCACUUCCUGUCAGUCCGGCCGGGUAUAGGAAACAGAUGCUCCUGUACCGCGGUCCACGUCCGGCCACGCUACACUGAGUGACACACUAUGAAAGAGGGCGCUGUGCGCUUCACUCCUGCCGGGUCAUUCAAAUCUUGGUGUCCCCCGAGCCGGUGCAUCCUAGGCAAUUGCCUAAGUCGCCUAUAGGACGCGCUGGUCCUGCAUGUGGGUGAAUGUGUGUCUCUGUGAACAUGUGUAUAUCUGUGUGGGGGAGCUGCUUGUAUGGAUGUAUGGAGGCUGAGUGUGUGUGGAGUGGGUGACAGUAUAUGGGGAGGCGUUGUUUCUGUAGCCAGCCACCCCACACUGUAAUAUUUUAUUCUAUGCAUUUACCACCCUUCUGGAACUGGCUAUACGGCCUGCAGCUCCGUUGGGUGCAGAGUUGUAGACCAUGAGGUAGUUGUCUAACAAGCUCCGGCACUUGAAGUGUCUGAGCUUUGCCGUAAUAACCCACGGCAACAUUCAGAUUGACAGGAGCUCGCGAGAGAACUACUUCAUGCUCUGCAACCGGCAGAGCUGCAGACUAGAGACUGCUGGGUUCUCCCCCGGGGCCUUACUGACCUAAUUAGAGAGUGGACUUUGCAUUUAAACAAAUAUUUUCAUUGUCAUUACAGAUUGGACCUACGAUAAUACAUUAUAUUCUAU